AUGGAUGCUCCGACUGAGAGCAACGCACCUCAGAGUGCUCACGAGAGCACCAAGACCACCUUCACGCCCUUUCUCAACCAUCAUCGCCACUUUCGUGGAACACCUCCCCCGUCUCCUAACAAGGUACGAACUCGCGAAAAGUCGCCCUACCCUACUCCCCGUGACAGCAAGGGUCGACGUCGCCCUCCCCCUCCCCCGCUGAACUUGGACAAUGCCCGUGUUCCCAACACUUCUCGUCGUAUUGAGAUUGAGCACAAUAAUGUUACCCCUACCUCUCCUGAAGCUGUCGUCCACGCUAUUGAUGGUACCAACAAUCGAUCUCGUGCCUCUGUGAGCUUCAGCGACGCCCGCAAGUACGGAUCCAUUGGUAGUGGUCCUCAGGUUGCUCGCUUCCCCCUCAUCACCCCCGCCGAAGUUCAGCAUCGUCAAGUCAAUUGGGAUGGGUCUUCCUCUGUCUACUCUGACAACUCGCCCUUCAACGGAAUGCCCACCAUCAGCCCCAUAAUCCCCCCCAAGAACCGCAUCAACAUCCUUCAGGGCUACAACGACUGGCGAGACAACACUUGUCCGCAGCUACAGACUCCCGGCGACGCCAUCAGGUCUCCCGGCCUCCUCCCUCCCCUUCGCUCCAAGAGUGUCAGUCAGAUUGACGAGCCCCUUGAGACCCUCCCCGCCACAACCUAUCAGCCGCCCCCCAUGCCGGCCAUCACCUCGCGCGAGGACAAGAAGCCGCAGCAAGGCCUUGUCAGAUCGGUCACCGUCCAUGAUCUACCCUCUGCAAAGCUGCAGCCCCAGUCGGCCCUUGCCGACCAGUUUUCCCCUCUGACACCUUGGGUCAUGAAUUUCGACCGUCGCCAGGCAACCAAGAACUUAUUUGGUGACAAUGGAUGGCUGCAGGACUCCAACCAGACAAAGGACGAGAAGAAGAACCAGUCGUCCAAGACUGCAAACUUCUUCGGUAGUAUCAAGAAGAUGGCAAAGGACCUUGCCGAGAACACAAACUUCAAGACCCAUACCCGCCGUUCGUCCGAGUUUCACCAUGCUACCAUCUCGCUCAGCCCCCGUGAGCAGUCUCUCAUCUACUGCGAGCUUGAGUACGCACUCUCCGAGGCUCUCGACCUGUACGUCAAGUCCCAGCACAAUGGCGGACGCCUCAACCCCGACAAGCUCAAGGCCAUUUCCGACAAGUGGUUCUCCAAGGGCCGCCCCCGCGUGCUGGGCUUCCGCUACGACCUCGAGACGCAGCUGGACCUCGUUACGCUGCACAUUGACGAGUUCCGCUUCUACGGACACGCCCAGCUCAGCGACAGCGCCGUCGCUGGCCUCCUGGCUGUCAUGAAGGGCAACGCCCGCACCAUGCGCGUGCGCCACCUGGCCCAGCCCGAUGCCGUCGUCGCCAAGCACAUUCUUGAUGCCCAGGCCCUCAUGCGCAUGCUCGGCACCGUCGAGAGCCUGCAAAUGGCUGUCGUUGAGUGCUCCGAGUUCUACAAGCGCGCCAUUGAGCGCAAGCAGGCCCAGGCCUUGGCUGCUGAGCGCAUGUCCCGCGAGGCUUGA